AUGAAUAGUGACCCGAUCUUACCGAAAAUGCUCGAUGCAUUAAUUGUCGGUGCUGGUUUCUCAGGGCUUUACAUGCUGUAUUGUUUACGUGGACACGGUUUCACAGUAAAGAUUCUUGAGACUGGUGAUGGUAUAGGUGGUACGUGGUAUUGGAAUUGUUAUCCAGGAGCACGUUGUGACGUUGAAAGCAUACAGUACUCAUAUUCAUUCUCGGAAGAAUUAGAAGAAGAAUGGAAAUGGUCGGAAUCAUUUGCUUCGCAGCCGGAAAUCUUGCGUUAUCUCAAUUAUGUUGCUGAUAAA